AAGCUCACCCAACUUCCACUACCUACCACCUUAAUUAUGCACGUAUAUCAACCCUCCUCCUCAAUUCUAUCUCUGAAAACCAUCUUCACAACUCACAAACUCCCCAAAAAUAAUCUACAAAAUCAACCAUGGGUUCUGAAGUGGUUAUGGUGGAUGAAGUCCCUUUUCCUUCACAGAUCACUACCUCCAAGCCUUUAUCGCUGCUUGGUCAAGGAAUCACAGACAUUGAAAUACACUUCCUCCAGAUUAAGUUCACAGCAAUUGGAGUUUAUAUAGACACUGAAGUUGUUGGGCAUCUGCAACAGUGGAAGGGAAAACCAGGAAAUCAACUAGCAGAAGAUGAUGACUUCUUUGACGCUCUUAUUGCUGCUCCAGUGGAGAAGUUCAUAAGAGUUGUGGUGAUCAAGGAAAUUAAAGGAUCUCAAUAUGGGGUGCAGCUAGAGAGUGCUGUGCGAGAUAGAUUGGCAGCAGAUGAUAAAUAUGAAGAGGAAGAAGAAGAAGCCUUGGAGAAAAUUGUUGAAUUCUUCCAGUCCAAGUACUUUAAGAAAGACUCUGUUAUCACAUAUCACUUCCCAGUUUCUCCAGCUGCUGCUGAGAUUGCAUUUAGCACAGGAGGCAAAGAGGAGGCAAAGAUGAAGGUAGAGAAUAAGAAUGUUGUAGAGAUGAUCAAGAAAUGGUACUUGGGUGGAACUAGGGGGGUGUCUGCCACAACCAUAUCCUUCCUGGCCAAUAACCUUUCUGCCCAUUUGUCUAAAUGAAAAUGGGCCUUCCUGGGUUUCUGUUUGUAUUGAUUGCUUGGGAGUUGGGAUCAAUCAAAGUUUGAACCUUUUACUUUAUGUAUGAAGUGAGCCUCUUUGUUCUGCUUCUUCCUCAAAUAAAAUUUCCUGCACAUUUAAGCUUCUUUUUUAA